UGAUGAAGGAUAAUAACCUGGUGCGUCACCUGGAUGCGUGUGAGACGAUGGGGAACGCCACGGCCAUCUGCUCCGACAAGACCGGCACUCUGACCACCAACCGCAUGACUGUCGUACAGACCUUCCUAGGUGACCAGCACCACCGGUCAGUUCCGGAACCAGAACAGGUCAACCCCAAGACUCUGGAACUACUGGUCAACGCCAUCGCUAUCAACAGUGCCUACACGUCCAAGAUCAUGGUGCAGAGAGGGACGGGGGGUGGACGGGAGGAGAUAGGGACAGACUGACACCAACACUGAGACUGAGAGACGGAGAAAAAGACAACAGACACACAAACACUGAGACUGAGAGACGGCGACAGAGAAAAAGAAAAGAGA